AUGUCGAAUCUGGCUUACAUCAACCCUGGCGGCAAGCAGGCCCGCAAGGCGAGCGCUCUGGAUAUCAACAUGAUUGCCGCGCGGGGCUUGCAGGAAGUUUUGAAAACUAACCUUGGGCCUCGUGGCACAAUGAAGAUGCUGGUUUCCGGGGCUGGCAUGAUUAAAAUUACCAAGGAUGGUAACACCUUGCUUGGCGAGAUGCAAAUUCAACACCCGACAGCGGCGCUUAUCGCUCGCGCAGCGACUGCGAUCGAUGACAUCACCGGUGACGGGAGUACUGGCGUGGUUCUUACGAUUGGUGAGAUGAUGCGGCAAUCGGAGCGCUACAUUCAGGAAGGCAUGCACCCGCGCACGAUCACGGAGGGCUUUCACAUCGCCCGCGACGAGGCUCUCAAGUUUUUGGAAGGGAGCAUUAUUGAAAUACCGAACGAGGAACGGCGCGAGUAUCUAACGAACGUGGCGCGGACUGCGUUGACGACGAAGGUGAAUGCCGGGCUAUCUGAGCAGCUCGCAGAGGCCGUGGUGGAUGCUGUGUACGCUAUCGCUGAGCAUGGAAAGGAGGUGGAUCUGCACAUGGUGGAGGUGAUGCACAUGCGCCACCGUCUCAGCUCGGACACGCGUUUUGUGAAUGGCAUUGUGCUUGAUCAUGGUGGUCGUAACAGCGACAUGCCCAAGUAUCUUGAGAACGCUUAUAUUCUCACCUGCAAUGUGUCGCUCGAGUACGAGCGCAGUGAGCUGACCACAGGCUUCUACUACAAGGAUCCUGCGGAGAAGGCCCGGAUGGUGGAGGCAGAGCGCAAAAUGACGGACGAUCGCGUGCGUCAGAUCAUCGAGCUGAAGAGGAGGGUGUGCACGAAGGAAAACGGUCGGACGUUCGUGGUGAUUAAUCAGAAGGGCAUUGAUCCUAUUUCUCUGGAGAUGCUUGCGAAGGAGAACAUUCUUGCGCUGCGCCGCGCGAAGCGUCGCAACAUGGAGCGACUGGUGUUGGCGUGCGGCGGCGAGGCAGUCAACGCCACUGAUAAUCUGACGCCCGACGUUCUCGGCGAGGCCGGUCUCAUUCAGGAAUACACGUUGGGCGAUGACAAGUACACGUUUGUCGAGAACGCCUCGAAGGGUAAAAGCUGUACGCUGCUCGUGAAAGGCCCAAACGACCACACAAUUGCGCAAAUAAAGGACGCCGUACGCGACGGGCUGCGUGCUGUGAAGAACGCGUUUGAGGCUUCGGCGGUUGUUGCCGGUGCUGGUGCCUUCGAGGUGGCGCUGCACGACCAUCUGAUGAAGUUCGCCGACAACGUGAGCGGGAAGCAGAAGAUCGGCAUCCGUGCUUACGCUGACGCCAUGCUCGUCACGCCCAAGACACUGGCUGAGAACUCCGGCCUCGAUGUGCAGGAGUGCCUUAUCACGCUGCAGGAGGCUAGCAGGACGGCUCGCAAAGGCGGAAAGUGGGCUGGUCUCAGAAUCGAGAACGGUGACGUGAUUGAUCCCAUCGCGGCCGGUAUUCUCGACAACGUCAUUGUGAAGCGGAGUCUCCUUGAGUCCACCGGCGACAUCGUUGCGCAACUGCUCCUCGUCGACGAGAUCAUUGAUCUGGUCAGAUAUGAAUUAAAAGGUCAGUAG